AUGGAGCAAAAUGCACAAACGACAACGAUAACCACGUCAAUCUCAUGGAUACGGCUCAUUUUCUUGUGUUUUGGGGUAUCCCUAGUGACACAGCUAUUCCUCGGUCGUAUCAGUGAUUUCCUUCGUGAUGUCUCUUGUCGUGUCGAUUUUUUGGCGCCCCUUUGCCCGAUUAUUUACGAAGACUCUUCUGUAUCCACUCAACAAACCCAAACCCGGAAAUUUCUCCCGCAAGAACUUCAAGCACGAAUCUCGCACAUCGAGGAUCCUCUCCCGAUCGAACCAUGGACAGAUCAAGAGAAAUGGGGAAUUGUGAGAAGUGACAAAGAAGAAAAGGAGGAAAAGGAAUGCAAAGAACCGGCAAAAGAACAAGAAGCCAUAGCUGCACUGAAUCAAGCGAGAAGUAACAGGAAUAGUGGGAAUCAUAAAAAGGCAGGAGUGAUCAUUGAACACGCACUUGCAUUGCUGCCAUCACAUCCAGAUAUUCUUGUCGAAUACGGUUUACAUUUGGAAACGAAUGAUCGGAUCGUUGAGGCGGACGGGUAUUGCGUGAGGGCACUGCACGUUGAUCCACAAAAUAGUCAAGCCAUUGCUUGUCGUGCUCGAACCGAAUCCAUCGUGGCGGAAAUCGACGAGAAAAUGCUUCGGGAUAUUCGACGCAAAAAGGAUAAUUUCAUGGAUUUACCCCGAAAUUCAGCGCUGAAACGAGCAAUGAGAGAGAGCUAUUUCUCUCAUAUCUAUCACACGGUGGCUAUUGAGGGAAAUACACUGACACUCGGGGAAACAAGAUCAAUUCUGGAAUCAGGAAUGCCGGUGCCAGGGAAAAGUCUCCGUGAACACAACGAAGUAUUGGGAAUGGACUCGGCGUUGCGAUUUCUCAAUCGAUCGCUCAUUCAUUUAGCUGAUAUUACGCUUGAGGAUGUUCUGGAGAUGCAUCGCCGUGUUUUGGGUCAUGCACAACCGAUAGAUGCCGGUCGAUUGAGGGAUACACAAGUGUAUGUCGGAAGAUUCACGCCAGUCGCUCCAAAAUACGUGAAAGAGCAAAUGUUAGAAUUGAUCGAUUGGCUAAACGAUCCAUCAACAAAUGCUAUUGAUCCAGUGCAACGAGCAGCUAUAGCACACUAUAAGCUGGUUGUCGUUCAUCCAUUCAUUGAUGGCAAUGGUCGAACAGCUCGUUUACUUCUAAAUCUCGUGCUCAUGAAAGCCGGCUUUCCGCCUGUAAUUCUUCCCGUAUCCACUCGAGCUGAAUACUAUGCAACAUUAAAUACAGCGAAUCUCGGUGAUCUUCGUCCUUUUGUGAGAUAUGUGGCACAUCAUGUUGACAGAACAUUACAGACCUACAUUAACUUGGUUUCCACAUGUGCUGAUGAAAAGUGCUCGGUGCCGGAUGAAAUUUUAGAUGAGGAAUCUCCACUCAUAAAGAGCCUUCACCAAUCUGUU